AAUACACAGACAGACUCAAACUUCCAAUCCAUCCAGACAACUUAAGAAGAAAAAAGCUGUAAAUUGUAUCUCUCAGUAAUAUCCGAAAUGGAACACGGAACUAGGGAUAUUAAAUCGUCUACUUUCUGUUUAACUGAUGAGGAUCAUACUCUCGCUAAUGCUCUUAGAUUCACACUGAAUCAAGAUCCAAGGGUAGUAUUCUGUGGGUACAGCAUUCCCCAUCCAUCAGAUGCGCAAGUUAACAUAAGAGUUCAGACAACAGGUGCUCAUGCAGGCCUUGUGCUGAAAGAUGCACUUCAGAAUCUAAGGGCUAUGUGCCAACACAUUAGGAGCACUAUGGACGGAGCUGUUAAAGAAUAUAAAGAGAAUCCCCCUGUUGAAGCCAUGGAAACUGAAGAAACUGAAGAAUGAUUACCAAAAAGAUGUUGACCUGUUAUUAUGUAUGAUUAGUUUGUUUUUUUAUUACAAGCUCAAACUUAAAAUCCUUCUAGCAAGUAAAAUGUGCCAUUUUGCAUAGUUCUUUUAUAUCUGGUUUUACGCGCAGCUGAGGCAGGGGCUUUGUUGCAUGUUUGUGAUCUUUUACACAUGUGAACCGCAGUUCUUCUAUCCUUUGUUUCCCUAGAAGCUCGAAAGCAGUGUAUUUUGAGCAUGAACUGAGAAAUUUUAAUGUCAAACCCAUGAUAUUCUGGUUAAAA